GAGCUGUGGCUGGGCUUGCUGGGAUCAUGGCGGAGAAUCACUGCGAGCUUAUGCAGCCGGCCCCAGGCAGUUUCGGGGUGGGGUUGGGGGGCAGCCUGUGCCGGCGCUGCAACGCGGGGCUCGGCGCCUUGUCCCAGCGACCCGGAAACGUGUCCAAGUGGGUCCGGCUCAACGUCGGCGGCACGUACUUUCUCACCACCCGGCAGACGCUGUGCCGGGAUCCGAAAUCUUUCCUGUACCGUUUGUGCCAGGCCGACCCCGACCUGGACUCAGAUAAGGAUGAAACAGGUGCCUAUUUAAUCGACAGAGAUCCCACCUAUUUUGGGCCUGUGCUGAAUUACCUGAGACAUGGAAAGCUGGUCAUUAACAAAGACCUCGCAGAAGAAGGAGUAUUGGAAGAAGCAGAAUUUUAUAAUAUCACCUCACUAAUAAAACUGGUAAAGGACAAAAUUAGAGAACGAGACAGUAAAACAUCACAGGUGCCGGUGAAACACGUGUACCGUGUGCUUCAAUGUCAGGAGGAAGAGCUCACACAAAUGGUGUCCACCAUGUCUGAUGGCUGGAAGUUUGAACAGCUGGUCAGCAUCGGCUCUUCCUACAACUAUGGCAGUGAAGACCAGGCCGAGUUCCUCUGUGUGGUCUCCAAGGAGCUACACAACUCCCCAUACGGUACGACCAGCGAGCCCAGCGAGAAAGCCAAGAUUUUGCAAGAACGAGGUUCAAGGAUGUGAGGAACACAGUGUUGACAGCUGAAGAAACAUUUUACUUUUUCCAAGAUGCAACGAACUGCCAUGUUGAGGAAGCUCGGCCAUGAGAAGAAACCUGCUUUUAACAAUUUCUCUAGAGAUCUGGGUGUGAAUCCUUUUUUUGCCUCUGAGGUGGGUGGUGAGAGACGUGACCAGCUGUCUAAGGCCAGGCAUCCCCCACUAGGAGGAAGCGUGCUGGCCAGGAGGGCAUUCCUAUAGGGGCCUCCGCUGGUUUUUCCAAGUGCCACAGAGGCCUGAGGCAGGAUGCUCCUGACCGACCCCUUUAAUCACCGGAGACCAUUUAAAGGAUAGCGUUCUUGGUGCUACAUAAACUGUCUGAAAUGGGCCCAGGGCCUUGCUGGUAGGGAGCGGACACAGUGCAGUGGCCCUGGCCUCUGGGCGGCUGCUGGUCACCCACACCGCACCAAGCUCUGGUUCUUGGGUCAGAGUCCUGCCCAGGUGUGGCUGGUUGGUGGUUUCUCACAGCCUUGAGCAGCUUUUGACAGAGCGGCCUCCAGGUGUUCACUGCUUCCCCAGGGCCCUGCCCUAAGGCUGGGCCAGCUCCAGAGCCUUGCUCCCCUGGCCUGGCCUGGCCGGAACAGUCAAGGCUUCUCCACUUGUAUUUUCCAGGCGAGAGACUUCUGCAUCUCUUACUUCCCAGUGUGGAUAGACGUUCCCAAUGUUUUUACUUUCUAGAAAUGCCUAAAAGUGUUGCUGCAUUUUGGAUUGAUCUAUUGUCACUUAAAGGGAGGUGGGAAUUGCAACUUGUUCAUCCCGCCCACGGCUCAUGCGGAACCUGGCGCUCAUCAGCGCAUUUGUCUCGCCGGGGGUGGAGGUGUGAGUGGGAGGCCUGUCCACCUGGCUGCCAGAGCUGAAACUCCAGGUCACAUUGAAAAUCGGAUGUUUACAGCGCAUCACAAAUAUUUCUCUUUCUUGCCGGCUCUUUCGUUUUCUUUGUAUAACUAUGCAGUUCUCUCUGACAUUUCCGGGAUAUUUGAGACUUCACCUAUGGGCUCUGCCCACCUGAUGUGACAUCGGAGCUACCAGGCUUCCUCUGAAAUCCACUGUCCACAUGCUUUGAGAACAGACCUUUCUGAGCUGGUUGUGGGGGCUGCCAGAUUCCGGGGGGCCUGGGUCGGACGAGCAGCUCUCCGUUUCCUGACUGGGCCUCCCAGGGGAGCUGCGCGCCCUGGCGCCGGGGCUGCUGACACGUCGGGCACAAGCUCGGACACGUCCGGUUUCAAAUGCUUCCGGAGGCAUCUCACCUGUGCCCUCUUCUCCUUUGCCAAUAAAUAACCUGAUUAACCAAGUUCUUCAGCACCUAGGACUUACCUACUCCUUUGUGUAAGGCCUGUUGUAUGUUGUCCAAUGUUUGGCUUCAGCCAUUUAGAGCGACUUUUCUGUGGGGCGCAUGUCGCUCUCGGUGACCCGUUCUCCUCACGGGGCCUCGGGUGGAGGGCGGCCCUUGCUGGACUCCGGGUGUUCCUGUGAGGCCCUGCUGGUUGCUUAUUGUCAUUUAAUUUGUGACCUUGACAUUUUAGAUAGGCUUUUUUUUUUAAUUUAAAGAUAUUAAGACUUAAUUCACUAAAAUUUAUUCUAAGGGGAUAUUUAUACUUUUAUACUUUUUUAGGUAUCCGUAUUUUAUCAGCUUACAGUUUAAUGCCUAAGUUUCCCCUGAAAAUAGCAAAUAAAAUCGUGUAUUUAUGAAUCA